AUGACACAAUCGUCGAAAGACUUAGGCGAAUCGCUUAGCAUCAGUCAUCGAUCCAACUCAUCUAGUGACAUUACAUCUGAAUCCGACUUUAAUAAAUACAAUGUUGAUGCGAUACUGCCAUUCCCUAGUUUAGAACAUCGAAAAGGUGGCAUCAUUCACAUAAAACCACCUCAAGCAACAAAUGACGUUAGCAACGUCAACACCACUUCAUCAAAAGAUUCAGCACCUGGUCCGAUUUCAAGAAAACGGUCCGAUUCAAAGUCCCAGGUCGUUAACUAUCCAAUGAAGACAAGGACACAACGAGAUAACAUGGAAACAACUUCCUACUUUUAUUCAUCAGCCAGCUCACAUCCACGAAAAAGGGCACAAAUGCAAUAUUAUGUAACACUAAUACCUUUAAAUGAUACAUUUAUUGAAAAACAUUUGCCCGUUGCUAUAUUCCCAGAAACAACAAAGCUUGGUCGACCUACGGGAACAAAGCACAAACCAGACGUAACCAAUGGGUACUUUGAUUCACGAGUUCUAUCUCGUAACCAUGCUCAGAUAUACAUAGACCCAACAACCGGGAAAUUAAUGCUACAAGAUUUAGGGUCAUCUAAUGGUACAUAUCUCAAUGAUUCAAGACUUGACAAUGAACCAACAGAGGUCAAAAUUGGAGACAUAAUUUGUCUUGGAUUCAAUGUCCAAGCUGAAUCAACACACAAACAAAUUAGCCUUCGAAUUGACAAUAUCAAUGUGAUUGCCAACACUAAGUCGGAUCUCAAAUUGGCAAAAAGCUCCCAGUUGGACACCCCAGAAUUUAAGCACUUGUCGUUCAUGGAAGAAAUCUAUCGCAAGAUAAAUGACGAUAGAAUGAGGAGUAAACAGCACGCCUCUGACAGUUUUGAUAGUGCAUUUUUUGGAGAUAUAAAUCCCAUACUCGAAGAUGAUUUGUUAGGCUUGUAUUCGUCAACAAAUGCAGGCAUAUACAACAAUUCCCAAAUUACAAAUACAGGGGCUCUCGAGAAUAUGGUUAAUACAUUGAUGUUGAAUCUAACCAAAGUGAAACAGCAAGCCUCGGCUUUGGGUUCUUUGCGAACAUUUUUGUUAAACUAUCAGAAAGAAUUAGAUGAACUUAAUAAGAAAUAUCUAGAACAGCAAUACAAGUUAAAAGUUCAAGGCGUGAAGGAAGAUUUGGAAUCCGAGAGGACAAAGACAAGAAAAUUGGAGGAGAAACUAGCGAAAUUAAGGUUAGAUCAUGCUACUAAAGUCGAAGUUAUUAGCAAAGAAAUGAGUUCUAAAGAGCUUGAAGUGUCAAGUUUACGAAAAAAGGUAUUGUCAUUGGAGGAGCAAGUGCAUAGAUUGGAAUUAGAAUCAUCAUCUGCUACUGAGACUAUUGAAAAACUCAAAAAAGAGCGUGACAAUUUUCAAUUAUUGCUUGACCAAAAGCGAACAAGUGAUGCCAAAGUACUCAAAGACACUUCCACUUCAACUGCUGAGGAUGAGGUGUCUGAAAGUGGACAUGAUCUAAUCUCUGAUGCAAUCAACGGGUUCAUUAUGGACUUGUCGCGUACUCCCUCCGUGCGAGAUAGCGCCAAGUCACUAGACUCUAGAAAUGGUACUACACUUAAUGACGCUAUAGAGCUAACACCACCGCUGUCUGAUCAUGAGGGAGCCCCUGAUGACGACGAUAUGCAAAUAAGUCCCACCAACAGCCGCCGCUCUUCAAGAGAUUUUUACACCGAAAACCUUUCAUCAUCAUCCGUUAUUGCAACAAACCUUUUACCCAACGAUGUUGAGCCAUUUCCAAAAGUUGAAGACAUCCCAUUACUGAGAUCCUCAAGCUCAAUACUGUUGAACAAAGAAAAACAACCAUCUACAAAUUAUCAUGAUAAACUUUCUUUCAUUAAACUAUCUGGCGAAAACAAAACUGCAAUACUGAAUUUAGCUAUAGCUACAUCUGUACUACUUGUUGGCGUUUACUUGUAUCGUCUAUUGAAUUAG